AUGCAGUUCCGUCCUUCAAUCGCUACCUCGCGAUUCUGUCUUCGAUUUGCUUCAUUCGUCUCUUCUAAUUCAGCCUCCAUUCGCGACUUCCACCGAUCAUCUUCAAAUGUCGCUACAGUCAUCGUCGUAGCAUUUUCAUCUUUGAUCCGGUUUCUUCGUCUUUGUUCUCUCUCUAAACAGCAUGGCUCCAUCUCACUACAUCGUCGUAACCUCUACAUGCAUCGUAGGCACUCGACUGUUUCAGCUUUUGAUUCAUUAUCUUCUUCGCAGAAUUUGUCACCUCGACAUCACCGUAUCAGGUUCUUCUAUGGAGACGUAAUCAGAUGGAAAAAACCAGAAAUCUUCAGAUUCGUCGAAGAUUGGAGGCGCAGAGAAAAUGCAAAGGAACUCCGCAGAGGAAGCUUUCUGAGAUCAAGAUUGGGCGAGAAAUUGCAGAGGAAUUUUGCUGCUUCACAGAACUUCAGAGAGAAUUCUGAAACUUCUCUCCGAAGCUUCUGCAGAAAUCAACCUUCUCAACAGCUUGGCGCGCAUGCAUCAUUUCCACUAGCAACUUGUGCAGGCAUCUCUCAACUUUCUUCUGUGGUAGUCCCACACUUAAAGCUUGUUGUAAAGGCAAUUUUUGGUACAUAUUGUAAACUCAAGUUUCUUCAUGAGCAUGGACAGAAUUUUAGGAGAAUAUCAUUAGCUUUUGAAUCAACUUCAAGGCUAUUUGGACGUAGACAAGUUGUUUUUGUAAAUGAAAAGUAUUGUAGGAAUUGA